UGUAAAUUCAAAGUUAAAUAUUCUAUUGGGCGGUGAUGCAAGAUAAAUCAACCGCAUGUGAGGCAACUCGAUCUCCAACUUGUGCAACUGUAUUUUCCGGCUAUAUCCACUCUUUGGACCCCGCGAAAAAACCCUUUCCGCAAGCACUGUCUGAGUUCACAAAUCCAAACAUUUUUUCAGAACUGGAAAUCAUCGGUUUUCAUUUUUCUUCAAAUUAUCCUAACAUAUCAGAAGGCUCAUCAGCUUUAAUUUCGUAAAGGAUGGCGUCCGUUUGCUUCUCUUGCGCUCCCGCCACACUCUCUCGCAGUCGGAAGUUCCAUUCGCUCGGUUGUGCAAACAUGCACUCUUUGAACGGAAUAGAGUCCGUGAAGCAGCCAAGUGCAAAAACAGCCCUACGCAUCAAGGCUAGUAUGAUUAUUAAAUCAGAAGCUUUCUCUGGAGAGAGCAACUUUCUGCAUACGUCUGCUAGUGUAGCAAGUAAAGCUGUCAUCAGCGACUUAACUGGUGGAGUAGAGGUACAAUCUGAUUCUGUGGUAUUAGGAGCGCUUUCAGCCGAUAUGGCUCCAACUACAAGUGGAUUUCCUGUUGAGAACAACGAAUUUGAUUUGGACCUGCCAUCACAAGGUUUCACAUCUAUUCCAGAAGCAAUUGAAGACAUUCGGAAAGGAAAGAUGGUCGUUGUUGUAGAUGAUGAAGAUAGGGAGAAUGAAGGAGAUCUAAUAAUGGCUGCUUCAAAAGUUACACCAGAGGCCAUGGCUUUCUUUGUGAAACAUGGAACUGGGAUUGUUUGUGUUAGCAUGAAAUCAGAGGACUUGGAGAGGCUGCAGCUCCCUCUGAUGGUGAGCCAUAAUGAGGAGAAACUUUGUACAGCAUUCACUAUUUCAGUGGAUGCAAAACAUGGUACAAGCACGGGAGUUUCAGCUCGUGAUAGGGCAAUAACAAUAAAGGCUCUUGCAUCAAAAGAUUCGAAGCCCGAGGAUUUCAACCGCCCAGGGCACAUAUUUCCGUUGAAGUACCGAGAGGGUGGUGUUCUUAAAAGAGCUGGGCAUACAGAGGCUGCUGUGGAUCUUGCUGUGCUAGCUGGAUUAGAACCUGCUGGAGUUUUGUGCGAAAUUGUCGAUGAUGAUGGAUCUAUGGCCCGACUGCCGAAGCUUACGCAAUUUGUGCAGCAAGAGAAUUUAAAGAUGAUAUCUAUUGCUGAUUUAAUAAGAUAUAGGAGAAAAAGAAAUAGAUUAGUGGAACAAGCAUCUGCUGCUCGUAUACCAACUAUGUGGGGACCAUUCACUGCGUAUUGCUAUAGAUCAAUUUUGGAUGGGAUCGAGCAUAUUGCAAUGGUUAAGGGUGAAAUUGGGGAUGGACUGGAUAUCCUCGUGAGAGUACACUCAGAGUGUCUGACUGGAGACAUAUUUGGGUCAGCCAGAUGCGACUGCGGGAACCAGCUGGCACUUGCGAUGCAGCAGAUAGAAGCUGCUGGUAGGGGUGUUUUGGUCUAUCUCCGUGGCCACGAGGGCAGGGGAAUUGGGCUGGGCCAUAAGCUUCGGGCUUACAAUCUGCAGGACGAUGGGCGUGAUACUGUUGAGGCAAAUGAGGAGCUCGGUUUGCCGGUUGACUCAAGAGAGUACGGAAUUGGUGCACAGAUACUGAGAGAUCUUGGGGUUAGAACUAUGAAACUUAUGACAAACAAUCCUUCCAAAUACAUUGGGCUCAAGGGUUAUGGUCUGGCUGUUGCUGGCCGGGUUCCUCUUGUGACCCCAAUCACAAAGGACAACAAGAGAUACCUUGAGACUAAACGUUUCAAAAUGGGUCACGUUUACGGAUCUGAUAUCAAUGGCCAGCCACCCAUCAUUGGUAAGAACGAGAAUGGUCGACCAGGUGGCGAUAAUCCAGCUAAAUCUGAAUCAUAAGAUUUUAGGUAAUUUAGCUUGUUACUCAAAAUUGACUUGAAUAAAAGAUUGGGAAACCACAGUUUACUUCUGAUUUUGUCAUGUUUGUCUUGAAAUCUUGACGUGGGGAUUUAUUCUUUCUUUUGUUUAUUUUAUGAAAAAGACAAUGAAGGUGAUACUGUUGUCAUUUUUAUAUUAGUUUGUUUGUGUGUGUGGAUCAGUGGAUGGUUAGUGCUAAUGCAAAGUUAUAAUUAUUACAGAAAACCUCGAAAUUCUUG